AUGGAUUUAUUUCAAGUUGCAGAUUAUUACGUCAAUAAAAUUGUAAAUACCGACUCAAAGAAAAUAUCGGAUCACGCUAUAAGUAACAAUCAACCUCAUAUAAAAGUUUUGUUACUUGAUGAAGACACAGUGGAAACUAUAUCGAUGUGUACUACACAAUCAACUUUGUUAGAAAAUCAAAUAUAUCUAGUGGAUAAGUUGGAAAAUCAAACGAACAGAGAUUUUAUGAGACAAUUGAGAUGUUUAUGCUACGUUAAACCAACAGAAGGAACUGUAGAUUAUUUAUGUGAAGAACUACAUAAUCCAAAAUAUGGGGAAUAUCAACUUUUUUUCAACAACACUGUUAGCAAACAACAAUUGGAAAGAUUAGCAUCUAGUGAUGAUUUAGAAGUUGUCACUCUUGUUCAAGAACUUUUUCAAGAUUAUUUGAUUGUAAAUGCAGACUUGUUUUCUUUGGAUAUUUCAAGUGAAAAGAUGUUUACCGAAAAUAAUGUUUGGAAUUUCAAUAUUUUGCAAGACGUCACAAAUAGUCUCAUAUCUUUGCUGUUAUCAUUGAAGAUCAAACCAAUUGUAUAUUAUCAAAAUACUAGCAACAACAACAGAAUAUUAAAAUUGGCCCAAAACGUCAGUUCGGAGAUUAAUAAGUAUGAUAAGAAAUUGUUUGAUUUCCCAACUCAGGAUUCUGCCCCUAUUUUAUUAAUAUUGGACAGAUCUAUUGAUCCAUUAACUCCGUUAUUACAACCUUGGACUUAUCAAUCCAUGAUUCAUGAAUAUAUUGGGAUCAGAAGAAAUGUUGUUAAUUUAGCUGAUAAAGUGGCCGACUUAAGCGAUAAAGAGCUGAGCAAAGUUGUUUUGAGUAGUAAACAAGAUUUAUUUUUCAAAGAAAGUAUGUAUCUGAAUUUUGGGGAUUUGGGUGAUAAAGUUAAGAACUAUUUAACAGAUUAUAAGGAAAAAACGAAAAGCAACAAAAACAUACAAACGAUCAACGAUAUCAAGGAGUUUAUAGCUAAAUUCCCUGAAUUUAAAAAACUAUCAUCCAAUGUGGCAAAGCAUAUGACUAUUGUAGGAGAAUUGGAUACCCAAUUAAAAAAAAACCAAAUAUGGUCAAUCAGUGAACUAGAACAAAAUGUUUCUGUUCAUUCUGAUGAAAAUGAAGAUUACCAAACAAUUUUAGGCUUGUUUAAAGACCCGCAGAUUGCCAAUUUUUAUAAAUUAAAAUUGGCGCUGAUUUAUUGUUUAAGAUUUGAAGAUAAGAUACAAGAUGUUACCAAUUCAUUGAGUGGUAUAUUGCCUCCAGAUGAUAUAAAUUUCAUAUACAGAUUUAUUAAAUACUUUAAAAAAAAUAACAGCGGCGGCACCCUUGGUGGCGAGUCUAAUAAAAAUGAUGAUUUACUUUCUGGUUUGGCUAAAAAGUUCAACCAUACAUUACAUACAAAACAGGCAGAUAAUGUUUACAUGCAACACGAUCCAGAACUAUUAAAUAUUUUAGUAGAACUUUCUCAAAACAAACCAUUAGAUCCCUCUAAAUUUUCAAAAGUAGGGGGAAAUCCCAGCAGUUCUUCCACUAAUAUUUUGCCUCAAGAUAUCGUUAUCUUUAUAGUUGGGGGUGUUACUUUGGAAGAAGCUAGAAUUAUUCAUGAAUUUAACAAUAGUGCAAAAAAUGCAAAUAUGAGGGUCAUUUUGGGCGGUACGAUAAUACAUAAUACGAAAAGCUUUAUAAAGGAGUGUAAACACAUGUUAAGUCCCAAUAACCCUAGCACUCAGCUAACUGAUUUGUUAUAA